AUGGAGGAACGCUUUCUGUCAAACGUUGGACUGAUGAAUUCCAAACCUGUACACUGGAUUCCUUCUCCUGUUUCACAACAGACGGCAAGAAAAUGCACCGCCAGGGUCUUUAGCCUUGGCGCCACGGUUGAUUGGUCGCCAUUCCCCAGCCCUGUAGGUCGGGGGCUAAAACCAGCAGUAUCCGCCAAUGACAUGACUGAGGGAGAGUGGGCCCAGGGGAUCAAAAAGGGUCUAGUUAGGAAAGGGGUCUGGUGGGCCAGUGAGAAGAGACAGUUUCAUGAAACACAAGAGGACAAUUCGAGUCAAGGCAGACAGGGCUGUGCGGCUCUAUUGUUAGUGAAGGAGCCCCUCGCCAACACCCUGCACGCCCUCCGCCAGCGGUGGGUUCCCGUCUUUCACAAAUUGCGCUCCUCGCCCGGGGAGGCAUUCGAUCUCUUCUGGGAGUUUGCUCGCCGAUAUUUCUUCUCCCUCGCGUUCAUCUCGCUCUUUGGCGCCAAAUUCCUCCAUCUCUUCGCUCACCUACACUCCCUCCCCAUGUCAUGA